GGGUUUUGUCCGGAGAGCUUCAUUACUUUCAUUUCAUCAGUCGCUGCCUCGCCUCUCGCAUCUCUUUUACAGCCCUUGCUUCAGCGGAGAGCAGCAGCAACCAGUAGCCAUGGCUGAACAGACUGAGAAGGCUUUUCUUAAGCAACCCAAGGUUUUCCUAAGCUCGAAGAAAUCUGGGAAAGGAAAGAGACCUGGCAAAGGUGGAAACCGUUUCUGGAAGAACAUUGGCUUGAGUUUCAAGACUCCUCGUGACGCCAUUGACGGAACUUACAUUGAUAGGAAAUGUCCAUUCACUGGAACCGUUUCUAUAAGGGGACGUAUCUUAGCUGGUACUUGCCACUCUGCCAAGAUGCAGCGAACCAUCAUUGUUCGCAGGAACUAUCUCCACUUCGUCAAGAAGUAUCAAAGGUAUGAGAAGAGACACUCCAACAUCCCUGCCCACGUCUCACCCUGCUUCCGUGUCAAAGAAGGUGAUCAUGUCAUCAUUGGCCAGUGCAGGCCGUUGUCAAAGACGGUGAGGUUCAAUGUGCUGAAGGUGAUCCCGGCAGGCGCAUCUGCCUUUGCAAAGAAGGCAUUCACUGGAAUGUAAGAGCUUUGAAGUUAUGGAGAUUUAACUUUGCUUGUUUUGAUGUUGGAAUGUUUUGUUUGGUGAUCUCCUUUUGUUGUAGUCCCAUAGACUUAAUAGACCUACUUUGGUUAUUUGAAAUUUACUACAUUCAUCUGUUUUAUCUUUGGUAUCUCUAGAAAUCAUCUACUUUUGUCUA